AUGGUGCGCAAGCUCAAGUACCACGAGCAGAAGCUCCUGCGCAAGACCGACUUCAUCACCUACAAGCAAGACAAUGACCACCGCGACAAGGCCGUCAUCCGGCGGUACAUGAUCCAGAAGCCCGAGGACUACCACAAGUACAACCGGCUAUGCGGGUCUCUCCGGCAGCUCGCGCACCGCCUCUCCCUCCUGCCGCCCGACAACGCCACGCGGCGCAAGCACGAGGACCUGCUCCUCAACAAGCUCUACGACAUGGGCAUCCUGUCGAGCAAGUCGAAGCUGUCGGCGGUCGAGCACGGCGUCACCGUCAGCGCCUUUGCGCGGCGGCGCCUCCCCGUCGUCAUGACGCGCCUCAAGAUGGCCGAGACGGUCCAGGCCGCCACCAAGAUGAUCGAGCAGGGCCAGGUCCGCGUCGGCGUCGAGACCGUCACCGACCCGGCCUAUCUGGUGACGCGCUCCACCGAGGACUUUGUCACCUGGGCCGUGGGCAGCAAGAUCAAGCGCAACAUCAUGAAGUACCGCGACCAGCUCGACGACUUUGAGCUGCUGUGA